CCGACCCGCCCCAGCGCCGCCGUCCCUCGCCGCAGGUGCCGCCGCCGCCUCCCGGGGACAGGAACCGCCGCGGGGCCGGCCGGCGGCCGCCCGGGCCGGGGAGGAGCCGCCCGAGAAGCGAUGCAGGAAGCCAUUACCAUAACCGAGCAGCCGGUCUCUGUCUCUGUCCCGGUGGGAUAUUCCUUCACGCUGCGGUGCCGAGCCCAGGGACAUACCUCGCUGCAGUACCAGUGGUUUUGUCAGUACCAGUCUGACUGCUGCCUGGUUCCUGGAGCAACCAACCAAGACUUGCCCAUCAUUGCAGAGCAGACCCAGCUCUACACCUGCAGAGUCAAUGACCUCCACAGGAAUGCUGUCUUCUCCGACUGGGUGAAGGUAGAGGUCCAUCAGUGUGUUGCCAGAGGUCUGCCCCCUCGGCUGUGGCAAGGAGAACCAGUCAUUGUCCUGAACCCCAGGGAGCAGCGGGUGGAGGUGGGGCAGCCGCUGCAGCUGCAGUGUGCUGCCAUGGGGGUCCCAGCCCCCAGCUACCAGUGGUACCGCAAUGGGAACCUGCUGGAGCAGCAGAAGAGAAAAAAGCUCUGGAUUGCCCACACCAAGGUCAGUGACUCCGGCACGUACCUCUGCUGUGCCUCCAACAGUCACGGAGAGCAUUGGACCAACGCCGUGGACGUUCACAUCGGUACGUGUGGCUCUGGAAAGUUUUUUGCUACAGGCAAAAUAGCACUUUUAGUGGGCAACAACCGCUACCAGCACCACCCCAACCUCAUGGCUCCUGUGAGGGACGUGUUCGAGCUGAGGCGUCUUCUGGAGCAUCUGGGCUUCCAGGUUGUCUCCCUGCUGGAUCUGAACAAGGCUGAGAUGGCAGCAGCAGUCAGUCAGUUCCUGCAGCUCCUGGGGAAGGGAGUCUAUGCUAUAUUCUACUACGCUGGGCAUGGCUACGAACAUCUGGGGAGGAACUACAUGGUCCCUGUUGAUGCUCCACAACCCUAUGCCCCUGAGAACUGCAUCAGCGUGCAGAGGAUCCUCCAGAAGAUGCAGCAGCAGCAGACAGCCCUGAACAUCAUCCUGCUGGACACCUGCAGGAAGUGGUACAACCCAGGACGUGCCUUGUCCCAGGUGCAGCCACUGGAGCCCUGGGGAAACACAGUCUAUGGCUAUUCCACGAGUGAAGAUGCAGAAGCCUAUGAAUUGCACGAUGGGGAGUUCAGCUCUGGGAUCUUCAUGAAAUACCUGAAGAAGCACAUUCUGCAAGAGAAGAAGGUCACAUACAUGCUGGAGGAUGUGUUAGAAGACAUUGGCCGUGAUCCCCUGGUCACUGGGAAGCAGGUGAUGGAGAUCAGGCACACUCUGAAGGAAGCCCGGGCUCUGACAGACCCCGUCUGUCCCUCGGGAGCAGCCGCUGGGCACUGGGGACACGGCCAAGAGCUGCCGAGCAGAGCGGUGACCUUCCCAUGUGGGGCACGGGUGGAGCUCCGCUUCCUCCGGCUCUUCUCCAACCUGAUGUUCGUGUGUGCCAAGCCACAGCCCCCCCUGGCCCACGUCACUGACCCCCAGCUCCUGCUCCGCCAGCUCGCCGAGACAGAUGAUGUGGCCAUCCAGAGGGAGAGCUGUCUGGACCACGUGGAGACUCUGCUGGCCUCUGUGUACAAGCGGGAGGAGCUGGACUGUGUCUUCCAGCUCUGUGCACUGCAGAAAAUUCAGACAGAUGUGGUCCUGCAGUUGGAUUUGCAUUACACCCAGCCAGGCACAAAACAGAGGACUUGUGAAAGCCUGCAAACGACUCUGCAGCAAUCCCUGCUGAGGCAGUUUUUCAGCUUGCAGCGAGCUCCUGCCCACACUGGCAGCGUGUGCCCGCAGGACGCAAUGGGGCCGGGCGCUGACCCCAAGGGCUCCCCGGGCACUGACCCCAAGGGCUCCCCGGGCACUGACCCCAAGGGCUCCGUGGGUGCUGACCCCAAGGGCUCCCCGGGCACUGACCCCAAGGGCUCCCCGGGCACUGACCCCAAGGGCUCCCCGGGCACUGACCCCAAGGGCUCCCCGGGCACUGACCCCAAGGGCUCCCUGGGCACGGGCUCUGGCCGCAGCUUGCCCAGCAGCAGCCCCUCCAACUUCAGCAGCGAGCCUGAGGAGAACGAUGAGAGCGAGCUGGGCGAGCUCUGCUUGGCACUGAAUCAGGCUGGCCUGGGGCAGGACAGGCCCUGAGCCUCAGCCUGGGGAGCUGCUCUUUUCACUGAGGCCUCAAUUUGAGUGCUAAAUCUGGCAGAAUCCCUCAGCUGCUUCCCAGCCUUGGCAUCACCCUGUCUGAAUGAGGCCAAGGCUGCUUUUUUGGAAAGGUUUCUCCUAUCUGCGCUCUGUGGUGUGCAGGGCCUCAGUUCCCACUGGGAAUAUUCCCCGUCCCGUGGGAGCGUUGGGAUCAGUGGGGAGUCAUUGUGGUGUCUGGCAGGGGACACAGCCACCCACCAGUCAUAACACUGCCAGGCAAAAGUGGUGUUGCUGCAGGGCAAGGGCACAGGCUGGCGUUUUCUGCCUGAAAACAAAUGUUGCUGCACUGAGUGUGAUGAGAAGGCCACAAACACUACAGACCCCUCUGGCUCAAACCCCAGCCAUGGCUGCUGGAUCUCCCCAGCCUGUGCAAGGGACACAGGGCUGCCUCGAGGGAACCAGGUGAAACAGUCUGGGGUCCCAGUGUGGUUUCCGUGCCAUGCCUGUGUCAAAGCAGGUGUUAAGUUAUGUGUUUAUGUAUUUCUGAAGCAUGUAUUUAUAACGGGGGGUGGGGGGGGAGGCAGUAGCUGGCCAGGAAAAGGGAGGUCAGAUGUUCCAUCCAGUGUGUGUUUACAUUGGAGGCUGGUGUUGCACUGGACCAGGAAUAGUGUCCAGGCAGGUGCAGACACCUGCCCCUUCCAGCAUGGUACAGGGGCAUUAGAGGGUGUUCAACCCUCUGCAGUUCUGAGUUCUUCUCAGGUGCAGAAUAUCCUAUGGGAGAGAUGGAAUGUACCAGGAUUGAGAAAGGAUAACCUCAGGAAAGUUGUUAUUAGUGUAAAUUGUUUUGUCUGUGUGCUGUGGGAGACCCCAGGCACUCUGUGGAGAACCACAGGUGGGCAGGGCCCAAAGGACAGCCUGGGUGCUGUCCCUGACUGCUUCCCUAAUAAAUGCUUGAUAAAGGUGAUUGUUCAGUAAGGGCCAGUGACCCUAGGGAAGUGUGGGGUCUCCAUCUUUGGAGGAAGGUUCACUUUGGAGUUCAGAAGCUGCCAAUGACCUGAUCCAGCUGGCUGAGGGCUGGACCAGAGACCACUGGAGAUCCCUGCUGGCUGCUGUGGUUCUGUGCAAGAAAGAGGCUGGAGGGCAGAACUUCUUGAGAGGUCAAGGGCAGCAGGGUGGGAAGAAUGCCUGUGCUCUGUCUUGCUUUAAAAGAGGGUUGGAGGCAGAACUUUCUCAGUUUUGCUGUCCUUCAGUGAUGAUACAUCCCUCUCUGUGGUGUCAGUUGCAGCAUAGAAAAAUCUGAAAUGUUGCUUCCCGAUAAACCAUUCUACAAGUGCUGGAAACCUGUCCAAAGAGAACAGAGGAGGCUUUUAUUCUUCUCACAGUGAGUAGAGCCAAGGGAAAGAAGAGGGGCCCCAGCUGGCUGCAGACUAGAAAGUCUCCUAGAAAAAAAAUCUAAAGCUCAAAACCAAAAAAAGAUUCAGGGGAUAUAUUUUAAAUAAGAUGGCCUGAUAGAGAAGCUAAAUGAGAAAAUAAUAAACUUAUUUCAGGAUGAACCAAAGAUCAACUCAACACCAGCAGGCACUGGGGACAGGUCAGUGGGAAUGGCUCAGCGGGCAUUUGGGAGAAGCUGGGGCUCUUGUUGCCUCUGAGGAUUAUUCACACCCUCCUGUGCUGUUGAGGUACUGAGGCAUGGCUUGUUCCUGGCUCACAUUAUCACGCCAAGUGUCAUCUAAUGUGAAUGUUUAUCUCAUUCAAAGCAAAGCUGUUCAUUUUUUCUGAAUAAAACACUAUUGGGUGUUUUUAAUGCA